UCGUUGGACAGAGGUGAAUACAUAGUUCUGGAGCUGGUCUCCAACACUGACUGGGAUUUGCGUUUGGAUUGGAAAGACCCUGUAGGUUGGUGGUGCAGUGGCCUCCGUGUGGGAUUCUACCUGCUGAGCUCAUAUUUUUUAUAAUUGACUAUAUCCUGCUGCUUGCAGCGCAGGUUUAACCAGGGCAGGACUUCCUGAAAGCUUUGUACCAGAGGAACCGGAUUCACUCUGUGGACUCAGAGGUCAUCCCACUGACUAACUGUGAGGCCAUGUACCAGGCAGCCGUCUCCAAACGAGCGGACAGCACCAUCCCUAGCAGGGUCAUGGAGGAGUCUGAGGUCUGUUCCCUGCCUGUGGAAUUUGCCAGUGUGAGGAAACAAUUUGAGACCCAGGCAACAUCACAAAAUGUAACCCAGUUCCAUUUUCAUCACAGAGCUGUGCAGCAAACGUCAAACUCGGAGGUGAGAGUGUCGAGUGGCAGCAGGCAGGUUGUCCCAGGCAGUCAGCAGCUGAACUUCAACCAAGAAACGAUGGUGUCAUACAGUGACAGUAACCUGGCAUCCAGUUAUGAAAACCAUCUAAAUGAAACAGAAGAGGAGAUUCCCAGGUACACUACAAAAGAACUGAGGGAUCGCUUUGAAAGAACAAUAGAGGAAGCAGCUCCACACAAACCAGUUAAGAUUGGACGUGACAUCAAUCGAGCAAAGUGGUCCUCAAAUGUGACACAAAACAACAAAGUGACUUGUGAGGUCUAUGAGGCAUCUGCUGCUGAAGCAGAAGAAGACACAACAGCUGAAGUGAUGGAUUAUGAGGACUUUCCACCCCCACCGGCUGAAGAUUCUGACUAUCUUCCACCCCCGCCCCCCGACUUACUACAAAUGCCAUUAGAUGAUCAUAAUAUUCCAGUGAGCCAUUACUCACCCGAGCCUCCAGAGCCAGCAAACCCCAAAUACUCCCUCAACAGAGAGGCUUACAUCAAGCAGAGGGGUAUGUCUGAGCUGAAACGUCUUUACAAGCACAUUCAUCCUGAGGUUCGUAGGAAUAUUGAGAAAGAGUACUUCAGUAACAACAAUGAAACUGAGGACAACCAGUUUGAGAGCCAAGAGUACAUGUAUGAGUAUGAUGGUGGUAGUCCCAAUGAAUUUAACGAUGAAGAAUAUGUAGACUGGGAAGAGGUUCUUCCGGGGGAGGUGCAGGCAAUGCGUUGGAGGUUUGAAAAUAAGCCGCUGGACACCAUCAAAGUUGAAAUUCCUGAUGAGGAAGAAGACAACAAGAGAAUAACUGAACAGGAAAUAAUUUUGGGCAAAGAUGUGAGACGCACAGCUUGGAUGUUUGAGACAAAGCCAAUCGAUGAGCUGGGUUCACAAAACACCAACUCGACAGAAUUUAAAAAUAAAUUCAACAAAUUUGACAAAGGAGAUGUCCGUGCAGCAGCAUGGUUGUUUGAAACCCAAACUAUGGACACUCUAAACAAAAUGCAUAAGGAGGAGGAUUUAACAAAAGAGAUUGUGUUCACUGAAGAGGAUGGAAAUGCUACCAUUUACAUGAUUGACAAUAAAUACAUGGAAAGCCUUGGGCACACGGAGACCAUUGAUGAGAGCCACCUGCUGAGCCUCAGGGCAGUGUUAGAAGAAAUUAAUGGGGAAGUGAAAACUGUAACAAGUACUUUCGACACUCAAUUUAAAUGCAUCAUUAUGGGACAAUCAAGCCAGAUGUUGGAAAUUAAGUCCGUGCGCAAAAUUGAAACUGAAUUGGAAAACUCGAUUGCUUCACGUUGGCUUUUCGAUACCCAACCCUUGGAGAUGACAAACAGAGAACCUACAGCUUUGAAACUUGUAUGUAGUCUUUCCAUGGAGGACAGCACCAAGGGAGACUGGGGCAGGUGGCUGUUUGAGAUAAAGACAUUGAAGUCUCUCAAUGAGUGGGAAAGCUCACAGAUGGAGAAGGAAGAGAUAAUCGGAGCUGAUGUGCGCAAACACUGCCUGGUGUUUGAAACCCAGCCAAUGGAUUCUCUGAAGGAUGACCCCAAUGCCAGACCUCAGUGUAUUGAAGAAGUUAUUGGAGGUAAUGUGAGAUCAGCCAGACAUUAUUUUGAAACGAUUCCAUCAGAGGAGUUGAAAGAUCUUGCAGAAGUGGGCAAACUUAAAAAGACAGUGGCACUUAAUGAGGAAAAAGGUGAUGUUAGACAUCAGAAAUGGCGAUUUGAAAGCCAACCCCUGGAGCAGAUUAGAGAGGAAAAGAAGGAAGUAAUUCGAACAAUCGACCUGGAGGAGAUUGACACAGUGGACGUAUCAAACUACAAGCAGAUCUUCGAGAGCACAGAUUUAAACAGGCGGGAUGAAUCUCAAAAGAUUCUUAUUGAGGGUGUAACAUCUGGGUCUGUGAAAUCAAAUAAAAACCUGUUUGAGUCUACUCCACUUUAUGCCAUGCAAGACGGCUCAGGCCACUUCCAUGAGGUGAGAACAGUACGGCGUGAGGAGGUUGUAAAAGGAGAUGUUACAACCUGCAAGUGGAUGUUUGAAACCCGACCAAUUGACCAGUUUGAUGAAAGCAUGAAUAAAUAUCAAAUCAUCAAGGGUAUUUCCAAACAAGAAAUAGAAUCUGGUGAUGUUAAAACUGCAAAGUGGUUGUUUGAGACACAGCCUCUUGAUGGUAUUAAGUACUUCAGCAAUAUUGAAGAUGAAGAAAAUGUGGAGACAAGUAUAAAUAUCGAUGUCAUGAAGGGAGAUGUGAAAACCUGUAAGUGGCUCUUUGAAACUAAACCAAUGGACAUCCUAUACGAAAGAGCUGAGUUAAAGGGUGACAAUGAAUCUCAGGAAAUGUGCAAAGGAGACGUCAAAACCUGCACAUGGCUCUUUGAGACGCAAGCACUUGAUACUAUCCAUGAUGAGACAGAGACAGUUCUGAACACAUGCACAGUGAAUCAAGAGGACAUUAGAGGAAAGGAUGUAAGGAUGGCUUGUUUUCUCUUUGAGACAGAGAAACUGGAGAGCCUCACGGGGGAGGAGACGGAUUCUUUUAAGCGUGUCACGCAAAUAGACAUCGCGUCUGGAGAUGUGUCAAGGAUGAAGUAUGUUUUUGAAAACCAAACAUCCGAUAUCAUGACUUCUACGUCUGAAGAAGUGAUGCAAAAGCUCAAGACAGUUCAGACUGAGGAUAUACAAAAAGGAAAUGUGGGGACCUGCAAAUGGCUCUUUGAAAACCAGACCAUUGAUACAAUACAAGAUAGCCAAGAGGAAUCGAUAAACAGCCGCACAGUAAACGAUGUACAAGGAGGAGAUGUAGAUAAGGGCCGUUUCAUUUUUGAGACACACUCAUUGGAUAAAAUCCACGAGGUUUCCGCGGAAACAGACACAGAGCUGAUGAAAAUGCGAAAAAUUGUUUGCGAUAAAGAUGAGAAGGGGGAUGUGAGAAAUUACACCAUGAUGUUUGAAACACAGCCCCUUUAUGCUAUUCAGGACAAAGAGGGCCAUUACCAUGAGGUUACCACUGUCACAAGUGAGGAGGUGACACGAGGAGAUGUAGUGGGAACCCGAUGGUUGUUUGAAACCAAGCCUCUUGAUGCUAUCAAGGACACAGAUGAGGUUUAUAUAAUCAAAUCUGUCACACAACAGGAUGUGCAAAAAGGAGAUGUCACCUCUGCCAAGUUGAAAUUUGAGACACAACCUCUUGAUAGGAUUGCUGAAGAAAAGAAGUCUUUAAUCAAAACUGUUGAAGACAUUCAAGGAGGCAACGUCAGGAUGAAUAGAUAUCGCUUUGAGUCUGAUGCCAUAUCACAGGAAUCCGUUAGAGCGGUUAAUGUAAGUGAAAUACAAAAAGGUGACGUUAGGACAGCAAAAUGGAGAUUUGAGACGCAGUCCAUUGAUAAAAUAAGAAGCAUGAGCUCUGAAAAUCUGAUUGAAACCGUUAAAAAGGAGGAGGUUGCAAAGGGAGAUGUUAAACAAUCGGUCUGGCUCUUUGAGAAAAAUCCUCUUGACCACAUUAAAGAGGCAGAUGAGGAUACAAUCCUCACGCAAGAGGAGAUUCCCAAAGCGGAUGUAAAGACAGCAACGUGGCUCUUUGAAACGACACCAUUUGAUGACUUUAAUGAGACGAAAAUGGAGAAAACUGAAAUCCUGGGCAAGAGUGUCAAGGGAACGCUUGAGGAGCUUUAUAGUCAGAAAAUGGUGAAGUCGAAGGGAAUACUCAUUGAAGCUGAUGAAAUUGGCGACGUUAGGAUGGCAAAAUACCAGUUAAUGAAUAAACAGGCUCCGGAGAUUCAAAGAGAAGAAGUCAUCAGGGGAGAUAUGCAGACUAUUAUGAUGAACCUAGUGAACAGACAGGAAAGUAAGGAGCGACAGAUAGUCAUAGAUUCAGAGGAGAAGGGUGAUAUUAGUUCAACAAAGCAGCAGCUAUUCAACCAAGAGAGAGACAGCGGUACUGAAAGGGAGGAAAUACUACGAGGCGAUAUUCAGGAAGCUAUAAACAACCUAUUCAGUGGGGAUGGGUCAGCAAAACAUGGCGUACUCAUCCAGGAGGAUGAAAAAGGAGACGUACGGUUGACAAUGUAUUCCCUUCUCAAUCAACAACAUGUUAAUGUUGAAAAGGAAGACAUUGUACGAGGUGAUAUUAAGAGUGCCCUUCAAAAACUGUCCAGUACAGACAAGACCGAUGGGGCAGUGAAGAUAAAGGUAGAUGACACUGAAAAAGGAAAUGUCAACUUAUUCUCCACAUGCAUUGAAUCUGGUGCACUCGACUAUCUUAAACAGCUCCAUUCAGGACCGGAUGAGAUAUCACCUGACGGAGCAGAUAAAGAGAAGAUUGUUGGAGGUGACAUCAAGGGAACAAAACUCAUCCUUGGUCGUAAUCAAAUGCAAAUUGAGCGUACAGUAGAGGAUGUGAUACCUGGUGAUGUCCACAACACGGUUAAAGUCUUCAUGACAGAGCCAACUGUCUCGUUAGAGAGACUCCAGAAGGAGGAGAUAAUCAAAGGUGAUUUAAGAGCAACUUUGAAUUCAUUGUCUGAAUCAGUGAAUCAGACAGUUGUUGUGGAGAAAGAGGAGGUGGUGAAAGGUAACAUACCGAAAGCUCUGCAGUGUCUAGAUGAGGCUCAAAAGCAUUACAAGGAGGUGGAGAAGCCGGAUGUCAUAUCAGGCAACAUCAAGGGGGCACUGAGAUCUCUUGAGAAAUCAGUAACAUCAAAAGUUAAAGUUGAUGUUGAGGAUUUAGUUGCUGGAGAUGUGAAGGCCACACUAAAAUCUCUGGAGCUGGCAAAGCAAGCAGUGAGGGAGGUUGAAAAGGAGGAGAUUGUGAGGGGUAAUAUUCACACAGCAAUGCAAAACCUACAGGAUGCCUCCAGUGAAAGGAGAAUGUGUCAGCAGGAAAUAGAUGUGCAGGGAGACGUCAGAGGCACAAUUCAGCUCUUCAUGGAGCCUCCACCUUCACCAAGGAUGCAACAGAGCCCAAGCCUCGAGGGUGACGUAAAGGGUGAUGUCAAGAUGUCAAUUAAGUCCUUAUAUGACACACAGGAGCAAACCCAGCUGGAGAAGGAAGAAGUGAUAAAGGGUGAUGUUAAAGGCAAAAUUAAAUCACUGUUGGAAACAGCGCAGCGUGAAACUCCCAAAGCCAGGCUUGGUGCACAUAGAAGGGUUCGAGUCAAGCAGAGUCCCCCAGUUAAAAACCUAAAUGCUGAUACACAGAGGAACAUACAAAAGAUAAAAACAGCAAAUUUAUUGGAAACAUCAAAAGAAAAUCUCUCCUUUAAUGAAACUAAAACUGUUGGAGCAACAUCUUGUACUGUGGCGCAGUCAUCUCAGCAAUCAACGACUGUGGUGGAGCAUAAAACUAUUACCCAAAACCAUGGCAUCAAAACAGUGAAGACAGAGUUUCGUAAUCUAAAAUCUAAUCAAAAGGGAAUAAAACAGCAUAAAACCAAAGUGAAAACUGAUGUUUACAUCUUACAACCACAAUUGCCAGAGCCAGAUUUGCCUUUGCCACCUCCACCUCCACCAGUAGUAGACAUUGACCUCCUUCUUCCUCCUCCUCCCACUCCUCCUCCUCCCUCUGUUGAUUCUGACAUCGAUCUACUGCCUCCUCCACCCCCACCACUCACCAGUGAGCAGGAUCUCCUCCCACCUCCUCCAUCUCAACUGGAACUGGAAAGCAUGCCAGCACAGGAAAUUCAUCCUUCACCAGCAAAAGCAAAAAAGAUGAAAAUCAAAAAAGUGAAAGCUCCGACUUUACACCAAGUCCCGAAACUGGAGCCGAAAGUGGAUGUCAGUAAAACACAACAGGUGGAUGUUACAUCGGAGAAAGUGGUCGAAAUGAGCCAAAACCAAUCGAAAAUUACAACAACACAUUCAUCAAGGACUGUUUCAUGUGAAAUCCCUCCACCACCUGAGUCACCACGACCAUUAAAGAAAGUUUACGUCUCUCCUGUGAAAUUCACUCCUCCAUCUUCUCCUCCUCCCUUCAUGAGAGGUAAGAUGAGUAAAUUUACCACUCCUCUGAUAAAAGCAGAAGAAAAGUUCCGGAUGCAGAGAGAGGAAAACACCCCCCCAACCACUCCAACUCCCACUUACAUACAUGACUCAGUUACCGCAGCUCUUGAAAUGCUUUCCACCGAAGACAUUGAGCAGUCAAAUACCAAUACAUCAGAACUCACAAAGCAGAUAUCUGAAAAGACAACUCUCAGUAUUCAUUCAGACUUACUACCGUGUGAAUUAUCCAAGCAUGUGGUUAAUACAACCCAAGGCAAUGUCAGUGCCAGUCAUGAGAAAAUGCUCACUGAUUCAAUGAUUAUAUCCAAUGCUGAACAGCAAACCGUCUCUAACGAGACUUCUAAGGUUUUCUCCAUUCAAAACACUUUGUCUGCUUCAGCUGUUCGACAACAGAUGCAUACGACAAUACAGAAAACUGUUUCUGUUUCCUCCAAACAAUCUGCUGAAUCUGUCAAUACUGACAAAGUCCACACCUCAAACACUGAUGUUGCAAACGCAGGAAGCAUGACUUCUGAUAGAAAGGAUUCUCAAAAUCAGAAAACAAAGGGCUCCAACAAAUCUGAAUAUAAAAAGGAUGAAGAAAUGCCUGUUCCAAUAGUAGAACCUGAAAUAUCUCUCAAUGUAAAAUCCAGCCAUUCACAAUAUGACAACAAGAAGACUACAAACAAUCUAAAUCAGUCGUCCAAAAAGGAAGAAAUUGUCACUUCAGAUGUAAAGGAGUCCAUAUCACCACAGCGUGAAAACAAAAAGAAAAAUCAUUAUUCUCCUACCAAGAGCCGAGAGAAAGUAUCUGAUCAGCCAAUACAUACAGAAAAGGCAGCUGCCAACACAAAUGGAAAAACAGUCAAACCAAAUCAAAAGGUGAAAAAGAAUAAUAAACAAGAAAAGCAGGUAGAGACAAAAAUGUCAGAUGAUGGUGAGAAGCAAGAUCUGAAGGUAGAAGCUACUGAGGUGAAAGUGAUCAGUGAAUCCAAAGAUGUAAAUACUGAGUUAAAACAGGGGAUUAAGAAAGUUGCUGCAACUGCCUCGUCGCUUGUUGCUACUGAGAUCAUAACUGACAGUCAAUUUGAAACUCCAACUCCCACAAAGAAGAAAAAGAAGUCCAAAAAGUCUAAGGGUCAAGGUAAAGACAUAUCCAUAGAGUCGAAGAUAGAAGCUACAGAAACCAAGACAGUAACUUCUGAAAAAUCACAUCAUACCCAGGAGAAAAUUGCAGUUGCCCAAAUUCGCAAAAGUAUAAAUGAGGAGCACAUUCAAGUCAUGAGAGAAGUAAUUGCUAUAGAAAGCAAAGACCAUCAGAGUUCCCUGCAACAAAAAGGAGUUCAAAAACAUUUGAAGGCAUCUGAAAAGAAGAAAGGUGUGACAGUUAUUCAACAGAGCAAAGAAGAAAGAAGGGAUGUCUCAAUUACAGUGACAAGCAAGUCAGAACAAAAUCAGUUGGUGAAGUCCACAACAGGGACAACAGAUGAAGAAUCUCAGAGGCAAGAGGUCCAAGUUCUAAUCUCUCACAUCACAGAGAUACAAAGAGUGUCAGGAAAAAAUGAUGCUAAAUCUUUAAAGACUCUGCUCAAUUCAGUUCCAGAUUGGCUCAUGAGUCCAGAGAGAAAAUGUGAACUGGAGGGAUCUGUGACGGAAAGUGAUGCACAUAAAAAUCAAGAAAUUCUCUCACAAGUGAAGCAUCUAGCCGAGGCCAAACUAAUGCAUCUAGAUGAUAAUGAGACAAUGGAGAGGCAUGAAUGUGAGCCAAUUUCUGAGAAGGAUCUCUCUGGGGGGGCAACACCAAGAAUAUCCAAGAUCAGUAUUGGUUCUGCCAAAAUUGAGAACCAAAUAAGUCAAAAGACUUGUCAAGACAGAAGGAAGGUAGAAGUGAGUCAGUGCAAGUCUGUCGACUUACGGGCUCCCUCACCUCUACUGAGGAUGCGUUCUCCCUCACCAACGUUUAUCACUAUAGAAUCGACGCGAAGAACGGACUCACCACAGAGGGUCACUCCAUCACCAACCCUGCUGCACAGGCCACCCACUCCUCCCACACCACCGCCACGCAGGUGUGACACGCCGACAUCCCGCCUCACUAGAAUCACACCGUCUCCAACUUUCGACAGAGCAGAAAAUUUGGCUCGUCUCAAAGACACGACGGCCAAGCUUUCACGUGGCGUCACCCCACCACCAAUACUUUCCCCCCAACAGAUCUUAGAGAAGAAAUCAGAGAUUGUGGAAUCGCCUGCAUCAUUCCAUCGGCAAAUCAAAAUCGAUUCCCAAGUAGUGGAAGCCCAGAGGCUGUUGCAAGACAUGGAGUGUCUUGCAACAGAAAAGCCCCAAAAGAGCUUAUCUGAGGAGGCUCACCGGGCACAUGUAGGAGAAGAACAAGCUCAUUUUUCAGAGUGUAUUAAUGCAAAUGAAAUACAAAGAAAGUCGGAGACUCACACACCAUUGUGUCAUAAUGACCCAGAUCUUGUGGAAGAUUCAGAUAUUUCAGAGCCAUCAACUGCAUCUGUCAAAGAAAAGAGAGAGUUUUUUGAAGAGGCUCAAAAAGCUGAAAUUAAUAAGUCCUAUGUACGGAAGGAGCCCAUUGCUAUCCCUGAACGACUGGGCCAAGACAUGGAGGAGAGUGUAGCAGAAAAUGAGAACAAAGAAAAGGAUGAGCUUCCCAGGGCAGACAUGUCUAGUCUUGUAAAUAAAUUUGAAUCAGCAGAAGAGGAAAUAUACCUCAGAAAAGAGCUUAUCCCACUCACGGAGCACAUUCACGAUGAUACUGAAAGCACAGAUUGUGAUGAAGAGAAAGUUGACAUCCUGGAACAGGGAAUGCCAACUUUUGACAUCCAGGCUAUUAAAAAUGUUUUUGAUCUGGGUGAGCGAAGUUCCUCAUCCAGAGAGGAGAAAAGGGAUCAUAAGGAGCCUGAGUCAAGUCUGAGGGAAACAACAGCAGUCACUUCAAAGUGGGAAAGGCCUCAAGAGACAGAGGGAGGCUCACGGCAAAGCACUCCCCUCCCUCUGCAGAAAAAUGAAGUAGAAGUUGUGCCAGCAGAAAGAUCAGGCUUCUCGGAAAAAAAAUCAAUCACAGAUCAUUUCUCAAAUGUUGAUGAGUUUGGUAACGGGGUCAUCGGAACAAGGACAACUGUCUCUGAGCACUCAGAGAGCGUGUCAACUGAACAGACUCCUUUUUCCUACGCUGAUGCAGUCAAAAGAAAAGCCGCAGCAGCGAGGCGAACAGAAACGUACGACGAAGAUGCUACAGAGAAGCUGCUGAGGAAUUUCCACAAAACGUGGACAGAGAGUGAGACAGUUUUCAAAAGUCUCGGCUACACUGUUUCUGCAGAGAUGACAUCACACGUUGUAUCUCAUCAGACGAACACUGUGUCAUCUGGUUCGAGUUCCGAAGUCGGAGCUCUGCACAGCGUGUCGGAGGAGAGCUUAUCCAAUGGAUGCUCUGAUAGUGGACAAAAAAAAAUACCAUAAAUCCUGUUUCUGCUGUGAGCACUG